UCAUCAUCUCAGAGGGACCUGGAGAGAGACGCACACACACACACACACACACACACACACAGAGAGAGAGUCCAGAAUAAUCAAUAAAUGCCGCUGAAAUAAAUCGCCAAACAGCCGCUGGAACGCCCUGAUAUCAGGGUGACCGGGAGGGAUUCGUGUUUUAUUCGGUGUUAGAGCUCGAGCAGGUGCCGUUAGUCAGGAUGGGGAACCGAGGGAUGGAAGAUCUGAUUCCUCUGGUGAACCGAAUGCAAGACGCGUUCUCCGCCAUCGGACAGAACGCCAAUCUGGACCUGCCGCAGAUCGCGGUGGUGGGCGGACAGAGCGCCGGGAAGAGCUCCGUGCUCGAGAAUUUCGUGGGGAAGGACUUCCUCCCGCGUGGAUCUGGGAUCGUCACCCGUCGUCCCCUGGUCCUGCAGCUCAUCAACUGCCCCACAGAAUAUGCCGAGUUUCUUCACUGUAAGGGGAAGAAGUUCACAGAUUUUGAUGAGGUUCGUCAGGAAAUCGAGGCGGAGACGGAUCGUGUGACGGGGCAAAACAAAGGCAUCUCGCCGGUGCCAAUCAACCUGCGCGUCUGCUCACCAAACGUGUUGAAUCUGACUUUGGUGGAUCUGCCGGGAAUGACUAAAGUUCCUGUGGGCGAUCAACCCGCCGACAUUGAGCAUCAGAUCAGAGAUAUGCUCAUGCAGUUUGUGACUAAAGAGAACUGUCUGCUGCUCGCUGUGUCGCCUGCAAACUCUGAUCUCGCCAACUCUGAUGCACUGAAGAUUGCCAAAGAGGUCGACCCCCAGGGUCAGCGUACUAUCGGUGUGAUCACAAAGCUGGAUCUGAUGGAUGAAGGAACUGAUGCUCGCGACAUCCUGGAAAACAAACUGCUGCCGCUGCGGAGAGGUUACAUUGGUGUGGUGAACCGCAGUCAGAAAGAUAUCGAUGGGAAGAAAGAUAUUAACGCUGCGAUGGCGGCAGAGAGGAAGUUCUUCUUGUCUCAUCCCAGUUACAGACACCUGGCUGAUCGCAUGGGAACACCGUACCUGCAGAAAGUCCUCAACCAGCAACUGACCAAUCACAUCCGCGACACACUGCCCGGUCUGCGAGCUAAACUGCAGAAUCAGCUGCUGUCCAUCGAGAAGGAAGUGGAGGAAUACAAGAACUUCCGUCCAGACGAUCCGUCCCGGAAGACCAAAGCCCUUCUGCAGAUGGUGCAGCAGUUCUCUGUGGACUUUGACAAGCGUAUCGAGGGUUCUGGAGAUCAGAUCGACACGUAUGAGCUGUCAGGAGGAGCCAGAAUCAAUCGCAUCUUCCAUGAACGAUUCCCAUUCGAGCUGGUGAAGAUGGAGUUUAAUGAGAAGGAGCUGCGUAAGGAGAUCAGUUACGCCAUCAAGAACAUUCACGGCAUCAGAACCGGCCUCUUCACUCCUGACAUGGCCUUUGAGACCAUAGUGAAACGGCAGAUCUCCAAGAUUAAAGAGCCGUGCCAGAAAUGUGUGGACAUGGUCAUUUCUGAGCUUGUCAAUACUGUUAGGCAGUGUACCAAGAAGCUGGCACAGUAUCCCAUGCUGAGAGAAGAAAUGGAGCGAAUCGUCACGCAGCACAUCCGCGACCGUGAGAGUCGCACGAAAGAUCAGGUGUUGCUGUUGAUUGACAUCGAGCUGGCGUACAUGAACACCAAUCAUGAAGACUUCAUCGGAUUUGCCAAUGCUCAACAGAGAAGCAAUCAAAUAAACAAGAAGAAAGCGGCUGGUAAUCAGGAUGAAAUCAUGGUGAUCAGAAAGGGCUGGCUGACCAUCAACAACAUCGGUAUCAUGAAGGGCGGGGCCAAAGAGUACUGGUUUGUCCUGACGGCCGAAUCGCUGUCCUGGUACAAGGAUGAUGAGGAGAAGGAGAAGAAGUACAUGCUGCAGGUGGAUAAUCUGAAGCUCAGAGAUGUGGAAAAAGGAUUCAUGUCCAGCAAACACAUCUUUGCCCUGUUCAACACUGAGCAGAGGAACGUGUAUAAGGACUACCGUCAGCUGGAGUUGGCGUGUGAGAGUCAGGAGGACGUGGACGGAUGGAAGGCCUCGUUCCUGCGCGCUGGCGUUUACGCCGAACGUGUGGUGGAGAAGGAAAAGAGUGACGCUAGUGAUGAGAACGGUUCGGACAGUUUCAUGCACUCUAUGGAUCCUCAGUUGGAGAGGCAGGUGGAGACCAUCCGUAACCUGGUGGACUCGUACAUGUCCAUCGUCAACAAGACUGUACGAGACCUGAUGCCCAAAACCAUCAUGCACCUCAUGAUCAAUAAUACAAAGGAGUUCAUUAAUGCGGAGCUGUUAGCACAGUUGUACUCGUGCAGCGAUCAGAACACACUGAUGGAGGAGUCCGCUGAACAAGCGCAGCGGCGCGACGAGAUGUUGCGGAUGUACUUUGCCCUUAAAGAAGCGCUCAGCAUCAUCGGUGACAUCAGCACCACCACCGUCUCCACGACGCUGCCGCCUCCUGUAGACGACUCCUGGCUGCAGGUGCAACGCACAGGUUCAGGAGGACGGUCUCCCGCCACUAGCCCGACCCCUCAGAGACGGGCUCCUCCUCCAGGCCCUCCGGCACGCCCAGGCUCUCGCGGCUCGGCCCCGGGCCCCCCUGCUGCAGGUGGACCACCUGUUCCGUCUCGCCCGGGGGCCUCUCCAGACCCCUCCAGCGGGCCCCCUCCUCAGGUUCCAUCCCGGCCUAACCGAGCUCCCCCCGGUGUGCCCAGAAUUACAAUCAGUGAUCAAUGAGGACUGACGCUUCUGCGCUCCCUGAACUCACUGGCCAGAAGACGACACCAAACGCCCAUGAAGGCCGGCCAAACAAGGUCGACCUCUUUCACCCCAAGAGCCCCCUUCCUCCUCACGACCCUUAGCAGCUCCUCUUCACUUCUCCUCUACUUUCUGCUUCUCUGUUUUUCUCUCAUCUCACUCUGAACUGAGACAAACAACCCAGAACCCACCAGCACAACAGAACCGCCAUGAACACUGGACAACAACGAGAAAGAACAUAAAGGAACCCGACAAGACAUUUUUCAUCACGUCUUCGAUGGCAGGAGUGGAGAAAUACUUUCUAUCUGUUGCCUGGUCAUCAUGGUGUCUCUCCUUCGGUUAAUGCUCCUCAACCUUCAAAGCUCAUUGUGAUAGUCCACAACCCUCAAAAUGUUCUAGUAUCUUCUCAUGUUGCUGACCACAUUAAAAAGAAUGCCUUUUCUGACAUGAAUCAUGUAAUCCAGCGGUUUCCAAAAAUGUUCACGAAGUCUCCUGACACACUCAUUUUGGCUCCACUACACGAGCUGACGAGUUCAUUCAGGUGUGCUUGAGGGAGACAUCUGAAAUGUGUAGCGACAAGUUUGGAAACCGCUUAUUUGAACGAUGUGUAAAGGUUUACCUGCUUAAUUUCAACCUAAAACGAAUGAAUUCCAUCUGUAGUGUUAAAUAGGCAUUUAGGCCUAUUCUUGUUAGAGGUUAUGAUGAUGUGAUUAAAAGCGUUCAGGUAUGAGGAUGUGUUCACUCUAUGGCAAGCCGAAAUGACAUUUAAUCACGUGCAAGAUCUGAAUCAUAGAUAUCAACAAUUACAUUUUCUCGAUGGAAUUACAAGUGAAAAUGCUCAUUUUUUAUAUCAGUAAUUAGGUUUGCACUAGUAAAAAUUUCAGUUUUUUAGAGUAAUUAAAUAUAUCUUAAAAGGCUUUCUUACUAGUUAUAAUCACAUUGCAUUAACGUUUUUACUAGUUGUAAUUUAAUUGUUGAUAUCAGGAAUGGACAGUUGCACUAGUGACAAAGUAAUUAUUGAAGUCAUUUUUACUAGUAAGAAUUGCAUUGCUAAUCAAUAAAAUUUUAAUUUCAACUAGUAUGAAAUUAAUUAUAGAUUUCUUUAAUUGUGUUUUGAACAGGAGUGAAUGACAGAUCAUUAUGAAAUUCUACUUGUGAAAAUGCAGUCACAAAUAACAAGAUUACAAUUUUUUACUCAUUCAAAUUCCAAUUUGAUAUCAAGAAUUAACGUUUUUAUACUCAGUGCAUAUGUAAUUAUGAAGAAUAAGCAUUUACACUAUUGGAAAUUGAAUUGUGGAUAUCUGCACAUGAUGAAGUCAAUUCGACUUGCCGAGUUCAGAAAUAAAUUAUACAUGUAUAUGUCAUAAAAAUCGGGCUGACGAGACAAAACUCUGGUAAUGACGAGAUUUGCGUCACGCUUCCUGUACGCGGACGCUCAACCGUCUGACUGAAGUAUACUUUGGGCUUAACUUCCUGUGUGACUGGCAAUUUAGGUCACAUCCACACUAGUCCGUUUUCAGUUUCCUAACAUCAUCGUUUUCCAAAAUAUGCGGUGAUGGACAGUAUUUGUCUUUUAAAUAGUCCACGCCCCCAUCACUUCAGCCACACCCCUCUCCCAAAAACCCCACCCUCCAAAGACACAUCAGCCAACCCAAUAUCAGCAAACCUGAAUGCACAAAAUGAUUGACAGUUGGAUUGUGUCUUCUGAUAUAUGUGUAAAUAAUUGUAGCCACAGUUAAAAUUAAUUAAAUGACAUCUAAUUUAAUUAACGACAUGAUCUUAAUCCAAUUAAUCACAAUUAAUUGCAUACCAAUAUUUGCUGAGAUAGACCCCCCAAAAAAGGUCAUUUAGAACAAUUAAUUAUAAAUAUUAUAUACAGACCUAAUAAAUAUUAUAAUUAAGAUAAAUCAAAUACAUUUUGUAUGUGCAGCUGGAGUUGCGCUGACUGCCCCCUAUAGCAUCAAGGUGCUACAUCAAGCUUGAAUUGCUCCGAUAGUAGGAACGUUCCUUAUUACGGAAUUUACGUACAUGUCGGGUGCAAGAUUAAUUGCAUACAUUUUUUUUAACGCAUUUAUUUUUCACACUAAAUUAACACUUUAAAUAAACAGCCCUAGUUAAAAUACAUUAUAAUCCUUGCCUGUUUGAAGUUUAAGGAGUGAAACUAAAAAAAAUCACUUACAGCACCUUUAAACUCAACAUUAAUUGUCAACUUUAUCCAGUACGAGCUGUGCAUUGAAAUUAUGCAAAACAAUUUAAAGUCUGAUUUUACUUGUUUAUUUGUAAUUUAGGAUUGAAAAAUCAAGAUUAAGCAAAUAAAAAAAUAUCCCCUCUGGUUGAUGCAUAGAAAUCCUUACAGUUUGAGAUGUUUUUGUUUUGUCGAUAAUGAGAAAAUAUGGACGCAACCCUCCACCACAGUGAACUGUAUUUCUGUCGUUUGUAGUACUAACUUUACUGAUGAUGAUAAUAAUAAUAAUAAAGCCCCUGUUGGUAAUAGUUCACGUUGUGGCAUGACAAAACCCUUCAGCCGUUUCAACUGUGCCGUAUCAAUAGUAUAUUUCUGUAUGUUUAUCUUCACUUCAACUCGUGCAAAGUCUUUCCUAACUGCACUGAAUUUGUCAAUUUAAGUCUUAGUAAAAACCGAUAAUAAGAAAAUAAUUACCGUUAUAUAUGAGUAAACCAUUAAUCAUGAACAUAUCUUAAGUGUGUUGCGUCUUUGUGGUGCAUUUAUGCAAAUUGUGCUUCCACUGUUUAGAAAAUAGUGUAGUCCACAUGUAUGAUUACUGAAUAUGAAAUUAUGAUGUAUAAGUAAUUUAUUUAAAUUAAAUGUAUGAUAAUGUGCAAAAAAAUAAUGGUGUAUAGAAGAGUAAACUGGGCCUCUUUCUGUGUUUGGACAGAAAGGUGUAAUGAUACGGAGUAUGUAACGGGUGACAGAAUGAGUGUGUGUAUUAAUGUGUCCUGCUGUGUAUCUUCUGCUGUUGAUUGGACGACUUUGGCGAUCAAUAAAGUUCAGUGUACCAAAAUGUUGCUUUUGUAUCAUUUUUAUGUCUUCGUCUUAGCACACUAAGCCAGAUACAAAUAAUAAAAAUAAAGAGGAAUCAUUUAAGCAUAUGGGUAGGUGACAAAUAUCAAACUAUUAGUUGGUUAAGCUUAAUCCUUCUACAGUAUUCGGUCAUUUUUGACCGAAAUUUUUUUUCCUCAUUAAAUAAAAAUGGUUUCCUUUAUCUGAGCAGUAAAAGACAUGGUGACUUUUCCUCCAUUUGCCAUCUGAACAUACAACUGAAUUGAUUCGAUAAGUCUAAGUGGUCGUUUAAAAAAAAAAAAAAAAAAAAAAAAAAAAAAAGUGACACCUUUGGUAUUCACGGUCAAAAUUGACCGAAUAUUGAAAAUGAAUGGGAAAGACCAAAAAACAGCAUUUUUUUUCUCUGUCAAAUACAAUUAAUAAAUCAGUCACAAUGCAGAAAAAACAGACAAAAAUUACAGGGUGAGACUCUAAAACAUCCUCAGUGCAAAACAUCCACACCCACUCACACACAAACACUUAAAACUUACACACACAAACAAAAAUGAACUGGUGAGACUAUAACGCAGAGCUUUUUUACAUUUGUCAAAAAAAAAUUUAAAAAAAUAAAUCAGUGACAAUGCUAAACAUACACACUCAGAAAUGAAGGGGUGAGACGAUAACACACUCACACACACACAGAACCAGGGCAUCAAUAAGUGGAGCUCUACAACCAUCUUUUGGUCAUUGUUGGAAUUACAAGUCAUCUGUAGUUUUCUAGCUGAUGACAGCAAUCUGACACACUCACACAUACACACACACAUUUGUGAAAUACAUUUUUACUAUAGAAAGUUUGAAAUUGCAAAAUGUUACUCUGAUUCUUCUGUUUUGUACUCAUUUUCAUGACAUUAUUAUGCAUUUACUAUUACCUUUAAUAGUACUUUAUGUUUGAAAUUAAUUAUUGGUAGAAAAAUGUUUAUUCUGUGUUUUCUCUUUGUAACACCAUGGUCAGGUUUGAUUGUAAACAUAAUGACAUUACCUGCAAAAACUGACAAUUCAAAUCAAUUUAAAAUGCUAAACUUUGACAAAUAGUAGUUUGAUAAUGUCUAAAUAUAUAUCCAAAUGCAUAUCUUGUGAUAAAAUAUAAAAUUAGGUUACAACAAGUCAUCAGACUACACAGUAUGUGUCUACAGUCAUCUACUGGCUGUUACUGGCAUGACAUGGUGUUCAACUCAUGUUAUUUAUAUUUUGUUCACCAGAUGGCAGCAAUCUGCCUCCAAUUUAUGUCACAUUCUCAUAUUUCCUUCAUGUUUCAACUUAUAGAAGUGUAGGUUCUGAAUAGUAAUUUUUUUAAAUUUUAAUGUAUCAUCAUCAUCAUCAGCAUCAUAACAAAAGGGUUACUCAUCUGACCCUUCCGGUCAAAAAUGACCGCAAAUAACAAAUGGAGGUGCCCUUUUUCAAUACCAUAGGAGUUAAUUCAUUGGAAUAAGUUGAAGUGUCUGAGCUUGACCAGAGAAUAUUAAAGACAUUUUUAUAUAUACUGUUCAACAAAUACAUUGUUGAACUUGAACAUGAAUUCAUAUUUACUUUCACAUCAUGAACUUAAGACAUCGAAUACACCAGGUGCCAUUUUGCUCAAUCAGGUUUAUUAGGAGGAAAAUCAUUAAUAUCUGAAAUAUUUCCGCUGAAAUUAUUCCUUCAUUGUGUUUCGACAGACUAAAUUAAAAACAGAUUAGUGUAGGUAAUUAUUCCAAAUAAAUAGAAUUCUCCUUUAGUAUGAAAUCACAGACACAGAUCUCUCUUCUCGCCACGAGCGUGUCUUUUCUCACCACUAUAUUCAUCUGUUUAUCUUCAGCAGGCAAAGGUAAGCAUUACUUUCAUCCUUCUCCCCACAUGAAUAUACAGUAUGAUACACAGUUACACUAUUUACACGGUUACAUUAACAAGCAAAUUUUUUCUCUAAAGUAGUUUGUUUCUUAAAAUCAAAAUAACUUGUGUUGUUGUUAAAGAUUGAUUAAAGCCCACCCCCAAAUUAAUAAUAACUAUAAAAGCUAUUCAAAGAAAAUGCAGAGAUAAAUGUUGCAUAAGCUCCGAAUAAUAAAAGUGCUUUAGAGUUCACCUGAUCCAGCUAGUGGGGUAAAAUACAGUCUUAGUGAAGAACAAACAGUAUUCAGAUGUAAACUCAUAAUUAUCCUCGUCCAAAACAUGUUCCAGUUAUAUGAUAAUAUGCUUUAUUCACUUUUCUGAACUUCUGCAGGUGAAAAUAAACAAUAAAUACAUAACACAAUGAAGCUUAUAAAUAUAAUGCAUUAUAAAGCUAUUAUUAAUACAUUACACAUUACACUAACCUCAGUUAUAAUACAUUAUAACACUUAUUUUUCAGUUUCAUGUGUUACAUAAUGUGUUAUCAUCGGUUAUAUUGUAUCAUCCUCUUUACAGGUGUAACAUGAUAAUACAUUACAUAUAAACACAUGAUCAUAUAUUUUAAUGCAUAACACUUUUUAAAAGCAUAACUACACUGCGAAGAAAAGUAUUUUUUGUCUUAUUUUACAGUAAAAUUAUCACAAAAAGAAAUCUUAAAACAUGAAAUAAUUACUUGAGAAGCAGAAUGACAUUAAAUCUUAAAACAUUUGGCGAGGUUUAUGCUUUAAACAAGAAAAAAAUAUUUGACAAUGGGGUAAGACUUUUUAUAUAUAUAUAUAUAUAUAUAUAUUAUAUUUUUUUACCCCCAUUCUUACCCCCAAAUAGAUGUUUCUUAUUAAAGGGAUAAACUUUACUAAAGUCCAUUAGAUGUCUCUGAAAAUAAGACAAAAUAUGUCAUUUUGCUUCUCGUGUAAAUUGAUCUUGUUUUAAGAAUGUUUAAAUAUUUUUACUGGAAAAUAAGACAAAUGAUUAUUUGAAGUGUAUAUACCAGGAGGAUACAUGUAUGAUAACUGUGGUAAUUAUUUAUGAAAACACACAACUGUUAAGGUAUAUAAUACGCUUUAUAAUGCAUUACAUAAAGGCUUCGUAGACAAUAUUUCCGAAUCCAGUUGAUUCUAAACACCCAUAAUUCUCUUGAAAGUUUCUGAGGGCCAACUUGACUCUGAUGAAAGAUGUUUGGGGAUUAAGUCACUCUUUAAGUCUUGCUCAUGUGAAAGGAAUCUUUACAAACUCUGAUAUCUGUAAUAUAUGUACAACUCUCAAACUUGUGCACUCAUUUAAACAGUCGAUCACUCACUUAACAUCAAAACCACACAAACUCUCAGCCGACACACAGCUAGCAUCAUAGAGUUAGCCACAAACAACCAUCAAGUCUCUUUAUAAAUAUCAAUCAAAUAUCUUCAAGGUUUUGAUUUGAUGGGUCACACAUUCUAGACUAACACAAGGUGCUUGUGUGUGUGUGUGUGUCUGUAGGGGAGAAAUCAUUAAUUAUAUCUGUCAAUCAAUUCCUUCAGUAUUAAACUAAAUAAUGCCCAGUGAAAAUACAACUGAAAGCCAUAAACAACCCUGACAAUUAGUGGCAUUACAUGAAACAUUGUGAACUUUAACUGGUGAGUUUUUUUCCCCCGUCGCAAACCCUCGGUUCAUAUUAGUUGAACAACAAUGUAAUUCUUAAACUGCAUAUUAAGAUUAUCACAUUUCCUGUUCAAACAAUUAAUGAACUGAAAGUCUGCACAGCACAAACCAAACGAUUUGUGAAUCUGUAAAAUUUCUAGUUCUGAUUCAGUUCCAAGUUCUGAUUCAGUUCCAAGUUUUGAUUCAGUCCCUAGUUCUGAUUCAGUUCCAAGUUCUGAUUAAUUCCCUAGUUCUGAUUCAGUUCCAAGUUCUGAUUCAGUUCCAAGUUUUGAUUCAUUCCCUAGUUCUGAUUCAGUUCCAAGUUCUGAUUCAGUUCCAAGUUCUGAUUCAUUCCCUAGUUCUGAUUCAUACCCUAGUUCUGAUUCAGUUCCAAGUUCUGAUUCAGUCCCUAGUUCUGAUUCAGUUCCAAGUUUUGAUUCAUUCCCUAGUUCUGAUUCAGUUCCUAGUUCUGAUUCAGUUUCUAUAGUUCUGAUUCAUUCCCUAGUUCUGAUUCAGUUCCAAGUUCUGAUUCAUACCCUAGUUCUGAUUCAGUUCCAAAUUCUGAUUCAGUUCUAAGUUUUGAUUCAGUUCCAAGUUCUGAUUCCAUUUCUAUUGUUCUGAUUCAUUCCCUAGUUCUAAAUCAGUUUGUAGUUCUGAUCCAUUCCCUAGUUUUGAUUCAUUCCCUAGUUCUGAUUCAGUUCGUAGUUCUGAUUCAGUUUGUGGUACUGAUUCAUUCCAUAGUUCUGAUUCAGUUCCUAGUUCUGAUUCCAUUUCUAUAGUUCUGAUUCAUU